AUGCCUAAAGAAAAGAAGCGAAAACGCGAGUCAGGGGCAAACAGGUCCAGUAACAGGCCGAAAACGACACUCGAGGAUCAACAACGAGAUGAUCGUGCUCAUGAACAUGAGGUCGACACUUCCAAACCCUCCGCAGUGUUCCAGCCCACAGGCGGCCGCUCGCACACACUGUCUGUAGCUCUACCAGGGAGCAUCAUCGGCAAUGCCAAAAAUCAUGACCAAAAGACCUUCCUAGCUGGCCAAAUUGCAAGGGCUCUGGCGGUAUUUUGUGUGGAUGAAGUGGUCAUCUUUGACGACGAGGAUGUUGAAACUCAGCAGCAGCGACCAGCCAUAAGAGAAAACGAAUACACGGCGUUUUCCCAUCCAGACCAUUUCCUAGCUCACCUUCUAUCGUACUUGGAAACGCCGCCUCACCUCCGCAAGAGUCUAUUUUCUAUGCACCCUAAUCUUCGAACCGCAGGUACACUUCCCAGCCUUGAUAUGCCGCACCAUUUACGCGCGCACGAAUGGUGUGAGUAUCGCGAAGGCAUCACUACUACCGCCGUUGCCGACGGCAAGGGGACAUUGGUCGAUGUUGGCCUGCCCGGGUUUUUGCUGCUAUCAGGGGCAGAGAUUCCGCCAAAUACACGAGUAACUGUCCAUCUAGAAGAUGAAGAUUCCAAAAACGGUGUAGCCGUCUCACCCAAUGCUCCGCGGGAGGCAAAGGGGUACUAUUGGGGUUAUACCGUACGACAAUGCAGCUCCCUCACAGACGUGUUUACCGAAUGCCCUUAUGACGGAGGCUACGACAUCUCAGUUGGGACCUCCGAAAGGGGCCAGCCGUUGGAAAAGGUGCUAGCCGAACGACCCAUAGCCGCAGCAACUGGCUACAAACACGUGCUCAUGGUCUUCGGCGGCGUGGCAGGCUUGGAAAUCGCAGCCAAGAAUGAUAGGAAUUGUCGAGAAAUGGGUCUUAUUGGGGGAAAAGUCAAAGAACUGUUCGAUGUGUGGGUAAAUCUGUUACCUGGCCAGGGUAGCCGCACGAUCAGAACCGAGGAAGCUGUUUGGCUGGGGUUAAUGGGUUUCAAAGGUUUCUUGGACCGUCUUGCUUGA